AUGGGCCGCGGCGGCGAGCGCGCGCUCAAGACGCCAGACGACGCGUUCAUCGACCUCGGCGCCUUCGCGACCCUCGCCGUCGCGCUGCCGGCGACGCUGCUGCUCACCUGGCUGCUCACCGUCUCGUGGGCCGAGUACUGGGGCCGGCGCACCUACGUCGCCGCGCGCUUCGCCUACGCCGACGGCGCGCUCUUCGACGGCACGCCGCUCACGUACGGCACCGACUACGUCCUCGCGGCCUGGUGCGCGUACCUCGGCGUCCGCGCAACAACAAACGUCCCGCCCGGCGCGCCGUCGCGCGCGACGCGCCUGCGCCUGCGGCGGCUCAUGUUCAAGUACGCGGUCCAGUGCCUCCUCGGCGGCCUCGCGCACCACGCGCACGACGGUACGGCGGCGUACCUGAACCGGUGGACGUUCCGGCUCCUCUGGACGGCCGUCGUGGGCUGCGUCGCGUCGAGCGGCGCGGACCUCUUCGCCAUCGCCGAGGGUUUGAGAUUUGUGCCACCCGCGGGCCCGCUCCGGGACUUGGCGCGCGUCGCGCGGCUGUCACCGGCCGCGGCCGACGCCUGGGGCCUCGCGCUCUGGCUCCUCACGGCGCUCGGGGCCUUCUCGUGCACGCGGCCCGCGGGCGACAUCUUCGCCGUCGGCGUGACGCAGUCGCCGGCGACGGCCGCGCUCAUCCUCGCGAUCUUGGCGCGGCCGCGACCGGGCGUCGCCGUCGCUUCCGUGGGCCUCGUGCUCAACGUGCCCCUCGUCUUCGCCUACCCCUUCGCCGUCUGGUCGGGCCUCGGGCUCGGCACGGUCAACGGCCUGCUCCACGCGUGGCUCGCCGUCGCCUGGGGCUCCCAGGGCCUCGGGCUCGCGCGCUUCUGCGACGGCGUCGACGGGAGACGCGAGGGGCCGACGACGCGGUCCGCGGCGCGGCGGACCGCGCGGCGGCCGCCGUCGCUCGCGGCGCGGCUCCUCGCGGCGCUCGGCGUCGCGGCCGCGGCGAAGGCGCCGACGCGAACGGCCGUGCGCGCGCGGGAGCGCGCGCUCGAGCGCGGGCGCGCGGAGGACAACGGCGCCGUCGCGGCCUUCGCGGCGCCGGACGCGGACGCCGUCGGCGCGGCCGUCGUCGUCGACCCGCUCUGCGACUACCUCGGCCUCGCGCUCGCCCGGGAGCUCCUGGACCGGGGUGUCGCCGUCGCCACGGUGCUCAGCGACUACGUCGGCGGGGGCCUCUGCGACGGCGGGCAACCGCCGCCGCCGCUCCGCGCGCCGGCCGCGUCGCGCGAGGCGCCCUGGCUCGAGGCCGCGGACGCGCCGCCGCUCCUCGCGUGCUUCUCGGAAUCCGACGCGGGCAUCGCGACGGCGGAGCGCCUCGGCCGCGCGCUCGACGCGGCCUUCGCCAACGGCGACGGCGUCGACCGGCGGCACAAGUGGCUCCUCCACGAAAAACUCCGCGACGCGGGGCUGCCGCACUGCGCGCAGGCGCUCUGCGACACCGCCGAGGACGUCGUCGCGUUCCAAAAAACACACAACACCAUCGUCGUCAAGCCCUGUCGCGGCGUCGGCAGCGACGGCGUCUUCAAGUGCGAGACCGCGGCGGAGUGCCGGGAGGCGUUCGACGCGCUGCGCGCGACGACGCGCUACGGCGGCGGCUUCAACGACGUCGUCCUCGCCCAGGCGUUCCUCGCGGGCGUCGAGUACGCCGUCGACAGCGUGUCGCGCGACGGCGAGCACAAGGUCACGGCGCUCUGGCGCUACGACAAGCGGCCCGCGAACGGCGGCGCCUUCGUGUACCGCGGCACGUGGCUCGCGGACGCCGCGGGCGCCGGGGCCGUGCUGGAGACGCUCCGCGCCUGCCUCGACGCCCUGGGCCACGCCAACGGCCCCGCGCACUCGGAGCUGAUCGUCGGCGACGACGGCGCGGCGACGCUCGUCGAGGUGAACGCGCGGUUCCACAACGCGAACGUGCGGCCCCUCGUCGCCGCCUGCGUCGCCGGCCCCGACGCCAUCGCCGCGGCGGCGGCGGCCUGCCUGCCGAGCGCCGACGAGUGGGACGCCAUCGCCGCGGACCCGACCCUGGAGCGGGCCGGCGUGCUCGCGCACCUCGUGUCGGCCGUCGAGGGGCCGCUCGCGGCGGUCGACGGCGACGCGCUGGCGCGGCUGCGGAGCCUCCCGACGCUCGUCGACCACGAGCUCUACGUCGACGAGCCCGGCGGCGCCAUGGUGAAGACCGUGGACAUCAAGACGGACUCGGGCUGGGCGCUCCUCGCGGGGCCGGAGGCCGCCGUCGCCGCGGACUACGCGGCGAUCCAGGACCUCCAGUACGAGCUCUUCCGCGUGGACUCGUAA